AUGUCGAACGAACCCGACGCGCGCGCCGCGACGGCGACGGGCGCGCUCGCGCUCGACGACGCCGCGAGCGCCAAGUUCGUGCGGUUUUACCGCGGGCUUCCGAGCGAGACGGCGCGCGUGGUGCGGUUUUUCGAUCGUAAAGAUUGCAUCAGCGCGCACGGCGAUGACGCGAUGUACAUCGCGCGGGCGUUCUAUAAGACGACGAGCGUGAUCAAGACGAUGGGAUCGGGCGACGACGCGUUGCCGGGCGUCGCGCUCAACCGAUCGAUGUUCGAGAGCGCGCUUCGCGAACUUUUACUCGAUGGUGACGGCGCGCGCGUGGAGUUUUACGAAGAGAGUAAACCGAGCGGGACGUGGACGUGCGUGAAGUCGGCGUCGCCGGGGAAAUUGCAAGCGUUCGAGGAUGAGCUGUUUCGGUCGAACGAGAUGUCGGACGCGUCUGUGGUGUGCGCGGUGCGCGUGGCGAACGGGAACGUGGGCGUGGCGUACGCCAACACGACGACUCGGGAGCUCGGGGCGUGCGCGUUCGUGGAUGAUGAGCAGUAUUGCACGCUGGAAAGCGUGUUAUGUCAGAUUGGAGUCAAAGAGUGCGUCGUGCCCAAGGAAGGGACCGAGACGCCGGAGGGGCGUCGAUUGCGAGACGUCGUCUCGCGAUGCGGUGCGCUCGCCACGGAGCGUCAGGCCCGCGAUUUCGACGCGCAAGACUUGGAGAAUGAUUUGGGGCGACUCGUGCGAGGAAACGUUGAGGCGCAUCGGGCGGUGAUUGAUCAAUCGCACGCCGCAGCGUGUCUCGCGGCGGUUUUGCGAUUCAGCGAAAUGUUGGCGGAUAGCGCCAACCACGGUCGAUGCACGCUGAGUAUGUACGACACCGGUCGGUACAUGCGACUCGAUGCUUCGGCACUGCGCGCUCUGAAUGUUCUCCCUGAGCGCUCUGACGGCCCGAGCAGCUUCAGUUUGUACGGUUUAUUGAACAAGUGCCGAACGCCGAUGGGGCGCCGUUUGCUCUCGCGAUGGCUGAAGCAGCCGCUCGUGGACGUUAACGAAAUCGCCACGCGACACGAUGUCGUGAACGAAUUCGUCACCAAUGCAGAGGUUCGUGACGCCCUGCGCGGUGCGCACUUGCGAGCGUUGCCGGACAUCGAACGGAUCACUCGUAAGCUCGAACGCCGCAAGGCGUCGCUCAUGGAUUUGUGCCGAUUGUACCAAGCGAGCGCGGCGCUUCCACACAUGGCCGAGGCGCUCGAACGGUGCGAGGGACGUCAUGGCGAUUACAUUCGCAAGAAGUAUGCGGAAGAACUCAAAAAGCUGAGCGCCCCGAGUCAUCUCGGCCGGUUCGAGGCGCUCUUAGAAGCGGCAGUGGAUCUGAGCAAGAUUCCCGACGAGUACGUCAUUUGCGCUUCGUACGACGCCGAGCUGGGCGAGUUGCAAAAACAGAAGGAUACACUGGAGAAGCAAAUCCGUGAUGCGUUUGCGGAUGCGAGCGAUGAUUUGGGCAUGGAACGCGAUAAGCAAUUAAAGUUAGAACACAACAACAUGCAUGGUUGGUUCAUGCGAUUGACGAAGAAAGACGAAACGAGCGUGCGAAAAAAGCUCAGCGUGAGUUAUCAGAUUCUGGAAGCGAAGAAGGAUGGCACGAAGUUUACGAACAAGAAGAUUCGUGGUCUUUCGGAGCAGCGUGUAUCUCUCGACAGAAGCUACGACGCGAAGCAGCGACACUUGGUCGAUCGCGUCGUCGACGUCGCGGCGACGUUUUCCGAAAUCUUUCUGAGCGUUUCGGCGAUGACGGCGGAAAUCGACGUCCUCGCGUCUUUCGCUGAGGUCGCCGUCAGCGCGCCGGUGCCGUUCGUGCGCCCGAUUAUGCACGAGAAGACGUCUGAUACGAUCCACCUGGAGAACUCGCGCCAUCCAAACGUCGAAGCGCAGGACAACGUGCGAUUCAUCGCCAACACGUGCUCGAUGAAGAAGGGCGAGUCUUGGUUUCAAAUUAUCACUGGCCCAAACAUGGGCGGUAAGAGUACAUUUAUUCGCCAAGUUGGCGUGUGCGUGCUCUUAGCGCAGGUUGGAAGCUUCGUGCCGUGCGACGACGCCGUGAUUGCUGUACGAGAUGCCAUCUUCGCGCGCGUCGGCGCCGGCGACUGUCAACUCCGCGGCAUUUCCACCUUCAUGGCGGAGAUGUUAGAAACCGCCGCCAUCUUGAAGGCCGCGACUUCAUCGAGUCUCGUUAUCAUCGAUGAACUCGGCCGCGGAACGAGUACAUACGACGGAUUCGGUCUCGCGUGGGCGAUAAGCGAGCACAUCGUCAAUGAGAUUCAAGCGCCGUGUCUGUUUGCCACUCACUUUCACGAGCUCACCGCGCUCGAAGGCCCGAGUGGCGUCUCCAACUUUCACGUCGAGGCGCUCAUCGACCAGGAGAGCCGAAAGCUCACCAUGUUGUACCAAAUCAAGCCGGGGGCGUGCGAUCAGUCGUUCGGGAUUCACUGCGCCGAGUUCGCGCGGUUCCCCGAAGAAGUGCUCAAAAUCGCUCGCGCAAAGGCGGACGAGCUCGAAGACUUUUCCAAAUCCGGCGCCGAGCGCGCCGUCGCCGACAUCUCCGACCCCAAGCGCCAACGAACCGAUGAACCCGGUGUAUCCGACGACAUGGCCCGCGGCGUCGUCCGCGCUCGCCAAUUCCUCUCCGACUUCGCCGCCGUCCCUCUCGACCGCAUGACGCCCGCCGAAGCCGUCGCGCGCGCUCGACAACUCAAAUCCGAGCUCGAGACCGACGCCAAGCACUCCCCUUGGCUCCUCGACGUCCUCUCCAACGCCGCGUGAUCACUCAGCCGUCCGCGAUCCGCGCGCGCGUCGCGUUCGACCGCGUCGCGCCCAG